ACAUUCUCUUCACCAAUAACUGCUGUAUUUAAAACCACUAUCGGCCUGCUGGUGAAUAAAGAAAGAGAUAAACUGGCAGAAAAGUUGAAUGAGGGUGAUGUUACAGAUCAGAAAUUCCGCGGCCUGGUCGUCCGUGAAAUCGAUGAACUUAAGUCGAAGUUGGAUGGGCUAGCAAGAAAGGAUUUAUUAGCAAGUAUCAGUCUUUUUAAAGAAGGAAUCGAGCUGUUGUAUGAAGUGUUUGAAAGUGCCAGAUCCAGAACCGUGCAUCGCGCGGUAACUUCACACACACAAGCUACAGCCGAAACCAGAAUAGAUGAAACUGAAGAAUUGAAUAGUAAAUUGGAGCAAACUGCAUUGGAUGAAUCAGCUACGAAGAAGCUUAGCAAAGCGUUGGAGAAAUUUAAUGAAGCUCGUCUGGAAGCAAUGAAAGCUUUUAGUGAUGAAGCUUUGGACUUACCUGAUCGCCUGUUAGCUAUGCAAUAUCGACUGAUGGCUACGAUACUGAGCGCAGUUGACAAUCCUACUGACGCAUUAGCAGCUUGCAGAGUGUACCUUGACGAGUUGCACCAACUGCCAGCUGUUAAAGAAUAUUUCAAAAUUGAGUUGGAAAGAGGAGUAAGAUUAAGAGUUCGAUUUAAUAAAGAAAAACGAAGGCAAAUAAUUUUUUCCGUCUGUCACGUAAAUCGUGUGAUCCAUGAUGUCAUGCAAGUGCUUGAAAUUCGAAAUCUGUGGACGUUGCCUUUGGUUGAUACGGGGAAAGAGGAAGUGGAUCCACUGCGGGAUGGAAGAGUUGUUGACGCNAAAUCGAUGAACUUAAGUCGAAGUUGGAUGGGCUAGCAAGAAAGGAUUUAUUAGCAAGUAUCAGUCUUUUUAAAGAAGGAAUCGAGCUGUUGUAUGAAGUGUUUGAAAGUGCCAGAUCCAGAACCGUGCAUCGCGCGGUAACUUCACACACACAAGCUACAGCCGAAACCAGAAUAGAUGAAACUGAAGAAUUGAGUAGUAAAUUGGAGCAAACUGCAUUGGAUGAAUCAGCUACGAAGAAGCUUAGCAAAGCGUUGGAGAAAUUUAAUGAAGCUCGUCUGGAAGCAAUGAAAGCUUUUAGUGAUGAAGCUUUGGACUUACCUGAUCGCCUGUUAGCUAUGCAAUAUCGACUGAUGGCUACGAUACUGAGCGCAGUUGACAAUCCUACUGACGCAUUAGCAGCUUGCAGAGUGUACCUUGACGAGUUGCACCAACUGCCAGCUGUUAAAGAAUAUUUCAAAAUUGAGUUGGAAAGAGGAGUAAGAUUAAGAGUUCGAUUUAAUAAAGAAAAACGAAGGCAAAUAAUUUUUUCCGUCUGUCACGUAAAUCGUGUGAUCCAUGAUGUCAUGCAAGUGCUUGAAAUUCGAAAUCUGUGGACGUUGCCUUUGGUUGAUACGGGGAAAGAGGAAGUGGAUCCACUGCGGGAUGGAAGAGUUGUUGACGCACUGACGAAACAAGGCCUGAAGCACUCUUCUGUACUAUGGUCAUUUGGUCAAGAGGAGGACAGACUGAACGAGCCGGUUGGUAUCGCUACGAACACCAAGCAACACUUCCUUAUAGCAGACAAUUGGCCAGGCCGAACCCUGUCUUGGGUUAAUACGUGUACUCAUGUGAAGGUGUUUGAUAACAACGGAAAGUAUGUUUUCAGUUUUUUACCUAGAUUUGAUUACGCUGAUGUAGAAGUAGAAGUAAAUGUUUGGGAUAUCGCCACUUGCUCGGAGGACAUGGACGACAAGAUCUAUCUACUCGUCACGCUGAAGAAGCGUGUGGCUCUUGAACAAAAGAUGGAAGUUCAGGUUUUUAAUAAUACCGCUGAACUGCAGCACAAGUUUCUGGUGAGGAACAGUUCAGUUUUAUCUCUGCGGGGCAGACUUCAACUAACAGUGAGCAGGAAAAAAGUGCUGAUGUUGAAAGCAAACGCUAUUGAUGUUUAUGAGCUCAGUGGCGAGUUCCUUGGUAGAUUAGGCGAUGGAGUAUUCAAGGAUGCAACGGAUAUCAGUGCUACUUGUGAUGGUCGCAUCACGAUUUUAGACCAAGGUGAUUCCAGCGUUUACGUUUUCACUGAAGAGGGUCGACAGCUUGCCAAAUUUAAUAUCGGCAUCGAUGAAGAUGACGAUUAUUUCAUUGCACAUCACCCUACGGGUGAGCACCUCGUCGUUGCUUCCUUUAAACAAAAGACAAAUCGCCUGAGGCUGGCUAUAUACACUGUAAAGGGCGAACUCGUUCGAAAAAUUCCAAUUCAACUCGAUGAAACAGUACGCGAACUAAAAGGAAUUACAGUGACCGUGAAGGGUAACAUUGCAGUG